UGCACACAAGUUCGAUACUUAUUGCUGUUAUCUCCCUGUGUACAGUUAAACAUACUACGCUGUGAGAUGAACUGUGUACAGUUGAAGCUUGUCUUUGUGGAAACAUCAUGGAGCUCCUGUGUGAAGCUAUCGGUUGCCUGGUUGUUUGUAUCAGCACCUGUGGUACACACGCAGCCAGCUACACGGCUCGGUACUUUACGUACAGUACGACCGCCGUAUCAUGGAACACAGCCUACACUACCUGCUCUCUCGCGAGGGGUCAUCUCAUCACGGUCGACAACAAAGUCAUCAUCAACGUACUCAAGUAUAUCCGUGCUCAGCCGGAGGCCGCAGCUGUUUCACGCAUGAUCUGGAUGGGUUUGUACAACGCUGCACCGACGUCGGACGUCCCUGUGUACAUAUGGGAUGACUGCAAACACCUCGACGACAGCAACUCCAUGUGGCGUCGCGGGGAGCCCAACUUUGUUCAGACUCACCGUUGCAUAAUUACCUCCCCUGGAUACAAGUGGAAGACGAGGCCCUGUACUCAAACCCAUAGCUUCUUCUGUGAAAGCGUCGCCAACGUUGACUGUACCUUCGAGAAAGAACUUGGACAAAAAUGUGAAAUGGGUGGAGUGCUCUUGUCAAAGACGAUGGCGGAAGACGCAUGCGCAACUCGUUGUCAAGAGGACAUGGACGGAAAGGACGUCUGUUGGGCGUAUGAAUACAACAACAUUUUCAGACAAUGCAACCUUUUGUUUGGGUCUGAUCCGUAUAUGUGUGAGACACUACAGGAAAACAGGAUGUUCAUCACAGGCAGAAGACGAUGCUUCAAAUUUGCAGACAUUACCGGAUCCGAGGUCACAGGCCCUGCGGAUUCAUUUCCUAACUGCAGCAUAACAGAGGUGACGACAACGGAAACACCAGCAGUUACUCCGACAACGUCUAUGAUAGGCACAACCGUUGAAACUAUAACAUCCACAUCCGCAACGACAUCAACAACGCCAGACACGACCGUUAUGAUAUCAACAACACUCGAAACAACUACAACCACAAUACCAACAACUGCAAUAUCUACAUCAGACAGCGCCGUUACGUCCUCAGUUACCCCUACCGUUACCACAACAUCAACUACUACUACAACAACACCCACAAUACCAACAACUACAACAUCUACAUCAGACAGCGCCGUUACGUCAUCAGUUACCCCUACCGUUACCACAACAACAUCAACUGCAUCAUCUCCAACAGCUGAGGUUACUCCUACUAUUACAACUACGGCUACAAAAAGACACUGACACUCCAACAUCUAUCCCCGUUACUUCAACAACUUCAACGACUGCGCCUUCAAACAAUGCCACAGGGACAUCCUUCCCACCUUCUGUCGACACUUUUCUGUCUCGUCUUAAAGCAGCUCAAACCAGUUCCAGAUCUGCCUCUACCCCGACAGUUAUCUCCCCCUGGUAGGUAUGUCUACGAGGUGUGUGUGGCGGUACAGACGUUCACCGUUGCAGAAAGAAAGAAGCGAACAGACGACAUUGUUACUGACCUCACCCUGGACAAGAAGAACCUCCCCUCGUAUCGGAGGAAGAAGUCCAGCGCUGAAGACGAACGCCCGUCUGCCCAGAGCGUGGGAGGAGUAGCCAUCAUACUGCUUGUUACGGCAGCUCUCAUCAUCAUCCUGCCUGACUGCGCUAGCAUCUUGAUGCAUUUGGUGCACGUCCACAAGAAGAAGCAGCUCGGCCCUGCUCAUCAGUAGGACUCUCUUCUGAAGGCAGCUCUACCUGUAACUCAUCUCAAACUUUUCCGAAUAUAAGGAGACACUCUGCAACUCAUCAUCAUCUUGUCCUGUCAGCAUCUUGAUGCAUGUGUUGCACGUCCACAAGAGGAAGCAGCUCGUCCCUGGACAGCAGUAGAUGGUGAUUUAGCAACCUUAGAACAAAAACUAAAAUUUGGACACAGGCUGCACACUUCAGUCUGCGGCAGAAUGAUCUUUAUUGCUAAUAACAGGAGGCUUCAGGAAUAUGAUAUACAAAUUAUAAUGAAAAGGAUCCCAGAGACUUUCUUCAUCUAGACUUGCCACAUAUUCGCGAAUUUGACUUUCAUAUGAACGGCACACUUUGAUGUUAACACGUUUUUCACGAGCCUGUAUUCUUGAAAUGACGUAACACAGACGGACUGCUUCCAUAUUCCUGGGUAGUUCUUUCUGAUCAUUUGGUGCCUUUGAUCGAACUUCGCAAACUCCGAUGUUCAUACAGUUCGCUUUAUGAACUCAAAUAAACUCACUCAAAGUGAGAGUCAGUUCUAUAGUAAAUACUUUUAAGAAUACUCUUAAAAGACACAGAGAGAAUAUGUUUUCUAAAAUGCCAGUUGUAUCAUUCGGAGGUGGGACUUACAGGAAAUAACCCCCGCAUUCAUGUGUUUAGAUAAGGCUUUAAAUCUUAGUGGUCAAGACGUGAAUCUAUGUUAACUUCAAGUAGAUUCCAAAAGUUAGAUGCCGAUAUAAUCUUGUCGGUUUAGGAACUGAUCAUAACUUUUUGUGCGAGAGGGUUAUGCAAAAUUGACACCAGUAAGGUAGGAGGGAUGGGCGAACACAUAGCAAAAUUGACACAGCUCAAAUUCUAUUUUUCAAAUAUUUGUUACUCAUUUCUUAUGGAGGGACGGCAUGCAAAAUGCGACAUAUAUCGUAGUGUUUAGGAUGAUGGGAGGGUGUGACGGUAAAUAAAGGCGGAUGGUGGGUGUAAGCAAACACUGGUACAGUUCGCUCUCUCCAACCCAUUCAGA